CAAGAGGAAUAUUCCAAUUACUUCGUUAUCAACCAAUCUAAUUUUUAUUUUAUCUUUGUUUUCGAGAAAGCUAAGGAUUUUCUUUAGUUGAUCUUAAUUUUGUUGGUAUUGUAUUUAGACCAGCCGCCCUGAUCAUCCGGGCCUUAUUCAGAAAAGAUAAUAUGCACUGAAUGAAUUAGUCGUCGCUGAUUGGCUGAUCAAUUGAUUCUUUGUUUGUAUUCAUUUUGAAAGGUUUCCAGUCACGCGUUCCCGUUGACACUUCGCAAGAUCAGAUGCAUCGCUAGCUACAGUUUAUAGUAAUUUCUUCGAAAGGGAUUAUUCAAUGAGCGAAAAGAUAGACGGAACUGAACCAGCCAAGACUAAAGAUGCCGAAGAAAAAGAAAAGACUGAAAAGCCAGAUGAGUCUAAGGAGAACAAGUUGGAGAAAGAAGAGCCUUUGACGAAUGGACUUCAAUAUUCACCACAGCAAGGAAUGCAAACUUACAGUCCUGUAUCUUCACAGCUACAGCCAAUAGUCCAAGACGCAACACAACAACUUAUACAACAACAACAACAACAACAACAGCAGCAGCAGCAGCGGCAGCAACAACAACAACAGGUUGCUGUAGCCGCUACUUCGCCCUCAGCGAGCGAUGAAGCCGGACACAAACGACUCCAUGUUACAAAUAUCCCGUUUAGAUUCAGAGAUAAUGAUCUCAAGCAAAUGUUUGGGCAAUUUGGAACUGUUGUAGAUGUUGAAAUAAUUUACAAUGAACGGGGUUCCAAGGGAUUUGGAUUUGUGACGUUCAGUAAUGGUGAAGAUGCAAACAGAGCGCGGGAAAAAUUAAAUGGGACGAUCGUGGAUGGCAGAAAAGUAGAGGUCAACAAUGCCACUCCUCGACCGCUUGCCAAAAAAAGCCCGUCUCCCACGCGAGGACCAUAUAGCAACGGUCUUUCACGUAGUGUGAGAGGAACGAGAAGAGGAAUAUUACCGAUUACCAAGUUUACUACCAGGGCUAUUCCUCAGUUAGCAAUCCCUGCUGGGUAUGAGGCGGCUGCUUAUCCUGGUUUAUACGAAGCAUACGCCGAUCAGUUAUGGCAGACAGCGGCUUAUCUCAGAAGACCCACCUGCGCCGCUUACCCAAGUUAUGAAAUCGCAUACACGACAGGAUAUCCGGCAACAGCAGCAUACGCCGCUACUCCAGCAGCCUACAGAACACCGAUAGCWGCCCCUCCCCCCUCAGUAGCCUACACUACAGGAUUCAGAUAUGCUCCUUACUGAUUGAYAUAGACAGACAGACAAACACACACACGAUAACUCACUCAUCCAUUCAGCAAUCCUACGUAAUUUUAAAUAGACUAACGUUUGAAAAAUAUCAUAUGUAUCUAUAUUUACGGUAGGUUUGUGGAUCAAACAGAAAUGAGCCCGCGAAGAAAGGGCGUGCGUCGUUGCGCCGUCCCUUCGUUAGCAAAGCUCGCUCUCUAAAGCCUGGUUCUCCCUAGCAUCGGAAUCGCAAGCAACGGACGCAGACUCAGUAGUGUAUGCUGCUCAUUAACAGUGCUUUUCUUUUUUAACAUGUGAUACUUAGUCUCCGAUUCCGAUUCCCACGCUAGUGUAAACCAUGCUUAAUAUUCUGUUGAAGAAGGAAGUUUUUAAAAAAAAAUAUCUUGAUCAUUAUUAUCGUACUAAAUUUUUUAUUGUGCAUUUCGGGGGUUCCUUUCUCUCUUUCUCUCUCGGAGUGUGAUUCAUGACCAUAMUGACAUAMCUGUAUAARCCUCGCAUAAYAUAGUAAUACAASAGAGCAUAAAUAAGAAAGGGAAACUUCUUAAUAACGCGCGCGCCAUGUMAAUUCCCGGUUGGGCUAUUUUUAGAAACCGGAUGGAGUUUAAAUUUCGCCUUACCCUACUCCCGUGCGUAAUCAACUUGCUCGCGCGCGCUCUUUCCGUUUGUUGUUUUGAACGUCGUUUUGCACCUGCUCGUUUUGAUCACUAGAAACGAAACGGAAAGAGCGAAAUUUAAACUGCAUCCGGUUACUAAAGGAAGCCCAACCAGGAAUUUACAUGGCGCGCUCUUUAUUAAGAAGUUUCCCUUUCUUAUUUAUGCUCUCUUGAGUAAUACCAUUUCUUAGCACGUCUAUAGAGGUAGUAUAGAUUCAAUGUAUAGGCCCAUUUUCUUCUUYCCUUAUGAAGUCUUGAUACAACUAGCAGGAUCCUUAUGUCUUAGCCUGUCUCCGAGGAGAGAAAAUGAUUCUAGUAGUAGUGGAUUAAAGCCACGAGAAGACACCAGUUUUUAACGCUCUACUUUCUUUAGCACCCUUUCUUAAUUCUUGUCAAUAUUGGCGCAAGAAAAUACAAACUGGGUUUAUCUCCCAAAAUAAAAUCAAAGUUAUAAUAUCGCGCACAAAUAUGCGAAGCAAAAAAAUGUCUGUUCUGUUUCAAUUAUUGAGCUACAUGUGUGUACCUCUUUAAAUUUCAUUUUUAGAAAAUAUUCAUUAAAUUCUAUAUAAAAUUAGCCUGUCGACWCGGACCACUAGUUACUAUCGUGUAAAGAAAUUUUUAGUGUCUAUAUUCGAACUUAAAGUAAAAUAUAUGUAAAAGCCACUUAGUGGCCAAAGUUUCAUCUGAUUAAUUUUUGAAUUUACUGAUCACAGGAACAAUAACCUGCUUAAACUACACARCGGUUUAAUGUUAGCGCAUGCGUGUGGCUCUUAAGGCACGGACGCCUGUUUUUCCCGCCAUAAGUUACUCUUUAGAAAUAAUUUCGAAGAUAGCACAUUGUAACACAUUCCAAAAGUGUUUGGGAAUCAGCUCUUUAUUUUCUUAAUUUACUCAAACAUUUUAAAAAAUCUUAUGACACCAUA